UGCUUGCCAACCCUCCUGAAUGAAUGAGUGGGUGGGCCCCGACAUCAAUGUGGUGGGACCACUGCAAAUCCCACCCAGCGAUGAAUUCUCAAUCUCAGAGGGCUCCCACUUGUUUGGUGAAGGUGAGCAUGCAAGCAAACUUGUAUGUGUAUGUAUUUGCUUAGCUACCUUAUCACACAAGGCACAAAGGGGAAAGAAAAGAAAUACAAUAACAGGCAUCCCGGAUGAGCGAUCCUGCGGUUGUCAGUUAUGUGCUGGAGACUGGAGCGUCACAACAGCCAAUCCAUUACCAGCUAUGAUAGGGUGACAGCACAGCCUCCAAUCAAUACGAGUGAGCUGUAACACCUUAACAUCAUGUGCUGCUGAUUGAGAAUAUUCUGGCAGAUCAGGGCAGUCCUCUACUGCAGGAUCCCGACAUAUUACCCUUCAGCAGCUACCCUAGCAUGCAAUACCCGUCCAUGGAGCCAACCAUGUCUUCCACACCAUACUACUCCAGUCAGAACUACUACCCUCAAUACAAUGGAGAUGAGUGGUACUCACACACAGGGAUAUAUGAACUGAGGAAAGGACCCCUUGAGGUCAAUUAUGAUGCAGAGAGGGAGGAUGUGUCCACUGUGGUCCCUGCUGUGUGCAAGAGGAACCGGCACAUCCCGCAGGCUGGAAGGGUCAAAGGAGAGGAACUGUGUGUUGUGUGUGGAGACAAGGCCUCUGGAUACCACUAUAAUGCUCUCACCUGUGAGGGAUGUAAAGGUUUCUUCAGACGGAGUAUAACAAAGAAUGCUGUGUACAAAUGCAAGAGUGGCGGAAACUGUGAGAUGGAUAUGUAUAUGCGCAGGAAAUGCCAGGAGUGCCGACUAAGAAAGUGCAAGGAGAUGGGCAUGCUGGCAGAAUGUCUGCUGACAGAGAUCCAGUGUAAAUCUAAAAGGCUGCGCAAGAACACCAAGGCCUCCCCAGGACAGUCAACUGGAGACGAAACAGAGGGGGCAGACCACACAGACAACAAACAGGUCACCUCAACUACCAAACUGUCAAAGGAAAAAGUUGAAAUUACAAAAGAGCAGCGGGCGCUCAUGAAAGUCAUUGUAGAGGCUUACAAUAGACAUCAAAUUCCUCAAGAUAUGGCCAAAAAACUGCUACAAGAACAGUACAGCGCAGAGGAAAACUUCCUCCUAUUGACAGAAAUGGCAACAAAUCAAGUCCAAGUCCUGGUGGAGUUUACAAAAAAUAUUCCAGGCUUUCUGUCUCUGGAUCAUGAAGAUCAAAUCGCUCUGCUGAAAGGUUCGGCUGUGGAAGCCAUGUUUCUGCGCUCUGCUCAGGUUUUCAGCAGAAAGAUGCCCACCGGACACACAGAAGUUUUGGAAGAGAGAAUACGCAAGAGUGGUAUAUCAGAGGAAUUUAUCACACCAAUGUUCAACUUUUAUAAAAGCAUCGGUGAACUCCACAUGGCGCAGGAGGAACAGGCCCUCCUCACCGCCAUAACCAUUCUGACACCAGACAGGCCUUAUGUGAAGAAUCAGCAGGCUGUUGAGAGACUUCAGGAGCCCAUGCUGGAUAUGCUGAGGAAGCUUUGUGUCCUGCAGCAUCCACAGGAACAGCAAUACUUUGCUCGUCUCCUGGGCAGGCUGACGGAGCUGAGGACACUCAACCACUACCACGCAGAGAUGCUCACAUCCUGGAGGGUGAACGACCACAAGUUUACCCCACUGCUCUGUGAGAUCUGGGAUGUACAGUGAUAAACAGGAGAAGGUGACGAGUGGUAGUUUGGGGAUGAUGACAUGGACAUUUCAACUUGCAAGACAAAAUUGUGGUCCAGCCGCAGUGCAUAUUUAUACUAGAUGAUGUAAAGAUGUGGAAUUAAAUUGCUGCACAACC